CAGCACCCAACUUCUAUCAUCUUUCCACGACAAGAUUAAGUCACUUUUACAUUUUCAGUCUAUGUCGAGGGGCCAGGCACGUGUCAGAAGGUCGUGUCGUCCUUCGUUUUUGUCGUGUCGUCCGUGCAAGUUUGAGUCCUCUGGUGUAUUGGUAAAUUGCUCGGUUUUGCAUUUUUGACAGGACGCGAAAAACCAUGGCCUCCUCCUGGGACAAGAUUUGGUUGUUGCUUUUCGUUGCCCUUCUCGUCACCCUGCACCCGCAUUUCCGGGGGCCGCUGAAGACCAGGAAAAUUCGGAAAAGAAACGUUUCUUACCAGGAAAGCAAGGAAAGGGCGUUUGGCCAUGGCGCCACAACAGCAUCGGGGAGGAACCAUAGGUUCAGCACGACGAGUGCAACGACAACUCCACAUCCAGAUGAAGUUGGAAACGACAAGGUGCCGGACUCCGGGCCGACGCUCCUCCCUGGGGAGGAGUCUUUCGGCAUGCGGAGCAGCAGUAGGGAGGAGAGGAAAGAAGUAGGAGCGAGUAGCUCUUCUACCGAAGCGAAAAGCAGUGCUUCGAGCACGGGGCAGACUGCGACGCCUGCGGGUGGCUCCUCCGCUGCACCAGCGACUCGGAUGGAGACUGACCACGUGAAUAUUCAGGAAAACAAGAAGGAAAGCAACACAAGUUCAGUGCCACCCGAAGGAGCUGCACCACCGGCAGCGAAGUUUCCCACGGCGGUGUCUCCGGAACCAGUGGCUGAUAUCAAUGGGGCCCCCUCCGUGCUCACGGCGUCGCCAUCUUCCAUUCUCGGUAGCACGAUUGCACAGGAUCUGAGCAGCAAUCUCGUGAAGACAAAUGCUGCUGUUCCACGUGUUCAUAGUACACCUGAUGCCGCCUCCACCAGUGCUGCAUCCUCAACAGCGGCCCCUGCAACUGCUCUCUCCUCAGAAAACGCCCCGACCGCACCGCCUGCAGCACUAGCGCCAGCAUCGGAGCAGGCAGCCGAAAAGGCACACAGCCAUCCUGCGGAGCAUUCUGUCGACAUCAGUUCAGCAACCGCGACGACCAGCAGCCUGAUGCAAACUUCCUCAGCUUCCGACCUACAGGCCUCGAUCCUGACCACCCCGCCCCCGGCCACUUCAACGAUUCCGCCACCGGUCUACGAGCGGGCGCUCUACGCUAGCGCGGAUGGGGUCUUGAAGGAGGAGCGCUGCGACAACCACUCCGUCGGGCAGGACAAGCAGAUUCAGCUUUCCGAGGACCACGACUUGCGCGCGAGCCAGCACGUGAUCGGCCCGGUAUCCUUCGCGCGUACCUCAGUGCACCCGCCCGUGGAGAUGACGGUCUACGUGCCCGGCAUCGACGACAACUUUGUGUCGUCCGGCAUCAUCCGCGACGGGUGUUGGGAGUGCGGACUGGUAUCCUUGAUCGUCAACGCCGUCACGAAGCACAACCAGGCUUUCUUCCUGGACGCGGGCGCGAACCUCGGCAUGUACACUCUGACGGUUGCGAAGAUGGGGCGCCAGGUGUUCGCGUUCGAGCCGUUUUUCACCACCCGAAUACGACUGUGUAAGUCGGUGCAGAGAAACAAUUUGAUGCGCAAUGUGCACUUAUUCCGGAAAGGGUUGUCAAAGACGCCCAACAUGAAGUUCGAGUUCCGCGGGAUCACGAACAAAAACCCGGGGGGCGUGUCGAUCAAUGAAGCGAAAGCGAGGAGUUCGUUCCGCGCGCAAGACGAGGGGGUGACGUGGGCGGAGUCGGUAGGGAGGUUUGUUUUUGUGAAGUGAAGAUAGAAUGAUGGCGUUUUUUUUCAGAAGCGUGGAACAAGAUAUGGUGCUUUUGUGCUUUUUCUUUCUGCAAAAACCAAAAUGCGCUUUAAUAUCCACAAAUUCAGAUUCGUCUUGACGACUACGGCGACGUGUUUUCCCACUACGAAAUCCCGGAGAGGUCGGAUAUGGUCAUGAAGAUGGACAUUGAGGGACACGAGUGCCAGGCGGUGGAAGGGAUGCUGAAGACCAUCCAGCGGUUCAGCCUGAAGUUCGUGCUCAUGGAAUGGGGGCAGAUGUACGGCGACGCGGCAAAAAUGGCCCUGCACCACCUAGACAGAUUCUGUCCGAGCAUCAAGCAGCUGGUGGACGCCUUUCUGCAGAAAGGUGAAAAGAAACAAUUCGGUUUUUUUCCUGGUUCUGCUGUGACAGAGAUUUCUUGAAGAUGAAGUUGAAGUCACAUAAAUGUUCGAUGGAUGCAUGCAGGUGGUAGAGCCCAAAAUGAUCCAGGGCCGUAACAAACAUCACGUAAAAUUGUUCCAAAGGUCUCGUCCCCUCCACAAUCAGCGGGCACCGGCUGAACCCGCAGGUGCCCACGAGGUGGGACGGCGUGGGCGACGUCGUCUGGGAACCAGGUGCGCCCUACGUGCCUCCUCCGCAAAUCCCGCGGACCGAGUUUCGGCCCCGACCGCAGGCCGUGCCGUUCGGGCAGAACACGAACCGUCACAGCAGCCCCGACAGCUACGCACGGUAUCGGCAUAGGACCAACAUCUUUGCCGGGUUGGACCACCGACACCCCUCGAACCGACCGCUGAGCAUGCGGGGGGGAAGACGGCGGCUGCUGGUCGAGGAGGAUGGGGUUUCUCCCAGUAGCGAAGCUGUUCUGGACGCUAUGAGACAGCACGCACCCGGAACUACCUUUGUAUGGGAAGCGGGUGGACCAAGCGAUGUGUAAGCAGUCGCUUGAUUGAGCCGCACGGCUUGACAUACGGAAUGACUUUCCACCUCUGCUAGGGAUGUCGAAAACAUUCUGCUGCAAAUUGCAAAAAUUUUCCUCUCUACUGCCGUUUUGCGAGCAAUCACAAUUUGCGUGAAAGGCGAAUCAGCAGUCGUACGUACUGCUUUGCGAAGCCAAUUUGAGUGGUUUUGCUGAAAGGAAGUCUGUGCGGUGAACAGAAAAU